AGUAAUUAUUAGUCUAUGAUUAAAACCUGUCUGUAAACGUGAGAGAGAUUAACUCAAAUUAUUUUUCAUACGUUUAUCGUUAAUUCAUCGAUUUGUUAGUUCUUUAACUAAAAAUUAUUUAUUUAAAAUUUAAUAUAAUCAUUAGUGAUGUCAUAUCAAUUGUAUAGAAAUACCACGAUCGGAAAUACUCUACAAGAAAGCCUUGACGAAUUGAUACAGUAUGGACAAAUAACGCCAGCGUUAGCAGUGAGAGUUUUGUUGCAAUUCGACAAGUCUAUCAACCAGGCGCUAUCUAACAGGGUGAAGUCAAGACUUACCUUCAAAGCAGGAAAAUUAAAUACAUACAGGUUUUGUGAUAAUGUAUGGACAUUUAUGUUGAAUGAUGUAGAAUUUCGGGAAGUACAAGAGGUUGCUAAAGUAGAUAAAGUCAAAAUUGUAGCAUGUGAUGGCAAAAAUGUUGAAGACCGAAAGUAACCUUCGGGGACACCAACACACUAGGUUUAAUUGUUACUCUAUUCUCUGAUGCUCUGAAUUUCUCAAUAUUCUCUUUUCAUAUUUCAUGUAAUAUCUUCUGACCAAAAUUCGUUAAAAAUAAAAUUGUAUAAGUGGGAAAAAUGCUGUUUCUUUCUGUCUAUUGUAAAUGUCGUUGAAAUAAAACACAUAUUAUUUA